GAAUGUUUAUUCUCAAAUGGGUCAUACGGAACGUGAACGAAAAAGAACACGUGGACGUCGUCGAAGAGAAAGAAGAAAACCACCUACACCUCCACCUCCAAAAAGAGUAGCAUCGGAUGCUCCAACAGCCAUAAUAGCACCAGAAGAUUAUGAACAUAUCUAUUCUGCAAAAAAACAACCCAAUAAGACCAUUAAAAUGCGAGCAGCUAAAGGAGGUGGUCAACAACCAAAUCUAGCAAAAGUACCAUCAGAUGCUCCCACAGCCAUAAUAGCACCAGAAGAUUAUGAACAUAUUUAUUGUGCAACUAAAAAACAACCUAAAGUUACUAAUGAUAAUAAUGCGGAUUUGAAAAUACGAUCAGAUGAUCCAACAGCAUUGAUAGCACCCGAGGAUUAUGCACAUAUCUAUUCAAAUAGAAAAAAAUUAAUUCCAGGUAAAGUUGGCUUUGGAGCUCAACCAGCAGCCGCCACUCCUCCUGCACCAUUACAAAUACGUUCCGAUGAUCCAACAGCAUUAAUAGCACCAGAUGAUUAUGAACAUAUCUUUUCGAAAAGAAAAGAAGCUGUUAAAAAAAUACAACCACCGCGAGGACUACCACCUAGAACAAAACAAUCACCAACAAGAAUGAUGGAACAAAUGAGACAAAAUAUGCCCGCACCCGAGGAAUAUCAACAAUUCUAUAAAGUGGCGAAAAAUGUCGUUGAAAAUUUAAAAAUUGAUUCAGAUACCCCUACUGCAUUGAUAGCACCAGAAGAUUAUGAACAUAUUUUUAAACGAACACAAGUUCAAACAAAACGAGCACCACCUAAACAGCAACAGAAAAAUGUUGAACAAUUAGAUUUUCCAUCGGAUGCACCAACUGCAUUGAUAGCACCGGAUGAUUAUGAACAUAUCUAUAAACGACAACCCAAAGAACAAACCAAAACAAUAACACGCAAACAACAACGUCCACGUACUCAAUUUCAACAACAACAACAACGAACAAAACUUGAAAUACCAUCAGAUGCACCAACUGCAUUGAUAGCACCGGAUGACUAUGAACAUAUCUAUAAACGACAACCAAAAGAACAAACCAAACCAACAACACGUAAACAACAUCAUCCACGUACUCAAUUUCAACAGCAACGAACAAAACUUGAAAUACCAUCGGAUGCACCAACAGCAUUGAUUGCACCGGAUGAUUAUGAACAUAUCUAUAAACGACAAGAAAAGGAGCAAACACCAAAAAAACAAAGAACACCCAAACGACGACAAACACCCGAGCAAAUGAAACGUUCACCACCAAAAUCACCAAAACUACAGUCACAAUAUCAACCACAAUUAAUACAAGAUGGCAAAUUAAUGAUCGAUAUUAAUGAUCCCGGUCAAUUAUUACAAUUAUUACGUAUGAUACAAACAUUACAAAAAUCAUUGAAUAUUAGCGAUCAACCCGAACCACAAUCAGAACAACAACCAGAACCAUCAGUUAAUCCAUUUGAAGAUUUACCAAAUAAUUAUGCAUAUGAUAAUAAUGAUCCAUAUGAUGAACAAUCAACAAGAAGAAAAUAUAGUCGAAAAAGAUGAUUAUUAUUAUCAUUAUUUUUUCAAAUAUUUCUUUUAUAGUGCAAUGU